AUGAAUUUAAUAGAAAAUAGAAAAGACUCAAAUAAAAUGUUAUGUACAACUGAAAGUCCACAGUUAGAAGGAAGUAAAGGGAACAUAAUAUGUAUUAAAUGUAAAAAUAAUAAAAAUUCCAAGAAAAAUAAAAAUAACAUGAACAAAUGGAAAAAUUUCAACUACAUUAAAAAAUAUAUUAAUUUUUACUUAAAAGAUUUUAAAAUGGAAAGUUUUAAAAAAAAAUCAAAAAUAAAUUCGUUAAUUAAAAAAAAAAAAAAAAGAAGAAAACUUGUGAAGAAUGAUUAUUUAAGAAUUUUAUAUUCAGAAAAAGAAUAUUAUGAAAAAUUUAAAGAAAAUAAAAUAUUUAUAGAUAAUAUUAAAAUUUUUAAUACGAAUGAUUUAAUAAAAGAUUCUUCAUAUUUUAUCUUUUUUUAUAAUUUAUUUGUUAAAGGCUUUUAUUUAAAUCAAAAUAACUUGAAUAAUGCCUUAAAAAAAGACAAUAAAAAAAAGAAAACAAAAACAAACAAAAUUAAAGAUAAUAUAAUAUUUUUGAAUGGAAAACACACAAGACUUUUAAUUUGCGAUUAUUUAAAAAUUCUUAUGAAUAAUAUACAAAAUGAAAAUAUGAUAAAUAUAAACUUUAAUAUAAUUGAUUAUGCCAAAAUGUAUGAAAACAAGAAUAACUUUUUUACGAAUAACAAUAUAAAAGAUGAAAAAGAGAAAGAUUCAUCUAAUUCAAAUAUUUUGAAUUCAUUAAAUGACAAAAGUUAUAUGAAUGAUUUAGCUAAUUCUAAUAAUGAAAAUAAUAGAAAUAUAAUUGAUUCAGUUAAUUUAUCUUCAAAUGUUGAGUUAAUAAAUAAUUCCAUAUCAACCACUUUUAUCAAAAUAAAUGAAGAUAUAUUUAAUAAAAUAUUAAAUAAUUUUGUGACAGAAUUAAAAAGCUUUUUUUUUUCCUUAAUAAAGAAAGUAAAAAGUAGUAAAAUUUUAGCAAAAUUUAUUACUAUCUUUUGUGAAAUUUGUUUAAUAUUAACACCUUAUUAUAUUAGUAUUAUAAAUUUUAUUGAGAUUUUAAGUGAUUUCGCAAAUGUAAUCCCAUUACGUUAUGUAAAAUAUAUAAUUGUUUUUUUUCAUAAUUAUAAAAAUAAAUUUAUAGAAAAAUAUAAAGAGUUUCAAAAUUUUAUCAUUUUUAAUGACCCAGUAAAAACACAAUCAGUGGGAGCUAGGCUAAUUGGUUUUAUUAAAAUUUUACAAAAAAAAAUUAAUUUAAAUAAAAAAGAGUCUUUAAAUGUUUUUUUUCUUAAUCUUUUAUUGUCUGAAUGCUUACCCAUUAAUCAUUUAGGUUUUUGUAAUAGGCAAUCGUUAAAAAACAAUUUCAAUUUUUUAUUCUAUGACUCGUUUGAAGAAUAUAAAAAUAAUUUAAAUAAUGAAGCUAUUAUUUAUGACGAUUUUGAAUUAAAUAUUCAAGAAAAUAUCAAGAAUUAUAAAAAAAUAAAAAAUAUAAUUGAAAAUGAAAUGACUAAUAGAUUUUCAUUUGCUACAGAUUUAACAAAAGAUAGUAAAAAUAAAAGUAAAUAUGAUAAUAACAGUUUACAAAACUUAGAUAAAAAAGAAGAAUUAAAUAUAAUAACCAAUAAAGAAGAAAAUGAUGAGAAAAAAAAAAAAACAGAUAGUGACGUAAUUCAUAAUGAUAUCAUAUUAAAAAAUGAAAUAUUGAAAAGUGAAGAUACUCUAAAAAAUAAAGAGAGAGAUGAAAAGCACCAAGAUAUUUUUACAUAUUCCAAAAAAAGUGAUAAAAAUAAAAAAAUUGAUGAAAAAAACGAAACAUUAAAUAAUAAAGACAGAAAUAAAAAAAGGAAAAGAGAAAAUUCCAUUGACAAAAAUGAAAUAAAAGAUUUAAAAAAAACGAAAUGUAAUAAGUUAUUUGAAAACUUAAAUGAGUCAAAUAAAAAUUAUGUAGUAUAUUUAUCAUUUAUUUAUCUUGUUACUUUUAUAAAAUUUCCUGAAAUAUUUACUGUUCAGAACAAUAUAUCAUUGGAAGAUGUGUAUAACUCUUUUAAAAUAUUUUAUUCCUAUGUAAAGAAUUUAAAAAAAGAAAAUAUAAUAAAUUUAAAUAUUAUAAAAGAAUAUCUUUAUAAUAAUACUGUCGACUUUCUUGGUAAUAUACAGAUAUAUAAUAUCUUAAUACGUGAUGAAAAUUUUAUAAAAGUUUUUUUUUUUAAUAUUUUGUUGAUAAUCAAUUAUUUAAAUUACGAGUAUAACAUACAUGAAAAAAAUGGAAGUUCCUAUAAAAACCAAAUAGAUAAAAAUACUGAUACAUCAUUAAAAAUAAAUGAUAUGAAAAGUAAAGAAAAAAUUCGUUUUAAUUCCUCGAAUAACUUAGAAAUUAAUAAUGAAAAUUCGUCUUUUAUUCUAGACCCAAAUAAAUAUAAUGAAAAAAAGAAAAAUGAAGAAAAAUAUUAUUCAACAAAUAUAAACAUCUCUAAAUUGUACCAAAAGAAUGUGAAAGAAAAUAAUAAUAGUAGUAAGAAUAAAGAAAGCAAUAAUAAAAUGGCCUCUAAUACCAAACAUAUAAAUCAAAAUAUUAUAUCUAAUGCAAUUGACUUAAAAAAUAAAGAUAAUGAUGCGAUUAAUGAAAAAAUAAAAAAAAUAAUAUAUUUAUUUAAUAAAGAUUUGAUGAACUAUUUUGAUCAUUUUAAAAAUCCCUUUUCUAAAUAUUUAUUAUCUAGGGAAUAUUGUUGGUAUACGUGGAAAAAACAGUUGAUAGGAAAGGCAAACAACGAAAAUUAUGAUUUAAAUUUUGAAUUUAAAAAUAUAAAUAUAGAAAAACAAAAAAAAAAAAAAAUAGAAGUGAAAGGAGAUGAUAAUAAAAACAUGCAAAAAUCACCUGUAGAAAAUUUAAUUUAUAUAAUUGAAGUUUUCGAAUUAUUAAACAAAAAAAUGAAAAAUUAUUAUGAAGUUAAUAAAAAUAAUAAAAAUUUAAUAAAAAAUAAUUAUAAAUAUACAAAAUUAAUUGAGAAUUCGGAUAAUAUAAAUCAACUGAAUCAAAUAAAUAACCAUGAUAAUAUUUAUACAAUUUGCAAUAUAGAUUUGAAUAAUAAUUCAAACAAGUCUUACAACAUUUGUGAUAUAAAUAAAAUGAAUAAUUUUUUAUUAGAAAUAAAUAAAAUAUAUUUAAGAAGAGAAGCAGAAUUUUGGGAGUUAGACGAAAGCAGCACAAUAACUGAAAGGAAAAAAAAAAGAAAUGAAAAAAAAAUAUUAAUAGAAAAAUUAAUUGAUAAACUAGAAGAUUAUAAAAAAAAAAUACAUAUUGAUAAUGAUCCAAUCAAUGAAAUUGAAGAAAGCGAAAAGAGUAAACAUAACCCUGUUUUUAAAUUCAGACUAACGAAAUUAUUUAUUCUUAAAUAUAUAGAUUUAUAUACUAUUGUGAAAAAUAAGGAAUUUUCCAUGGAUUGUGAUUUUUUAUAUAAUUUGAUGAUUCAAAUGGACAAAAAUUUGGAAAAGAAAAAAUGUUUAUUAAAUGAAGAGAAUGGUAACUUUUUAAGUUUUCAACACAACGAAUGCAUUAACAAUAUAGAAAUGGAUUAA